UUUAAAAACAGGCUAAAGUAGAGGAAUAUGAAGCCGAGCUACAGCAAUCUGACAAUUGGAGAUUAAAAAGACGUUCAUUAGUUGUGAACUCAUUCACUUGAAGCGGGGAGGAAAGAUGAGGUCUCAAUACUUGAGGAAGCUAUUCAGCUACUCCAGGCUAUCCAGGGGCAGGGUAGAACACUUAAUCCAGACUGGCAAUGGCUCAUGUGUGGUUAGUAGCACACGAAUCACCGGAUUGGUUAGUAUUGCACUUACACGGCAACUCAGCUCGACGGGCUUUACGAAACACGAUGCUUAUAUUGAUGGUAAAUGGAUUCCUGCAGACAAUGGGGACAGAUUUAAAGUGACCAACCCAGCAACUGGUGAAGUGAUCAGUCAUGUACCUAACAUGGGUGAAAUUGAGGCCACUAGAGCAAUAGAGAGAGCAGGAGAGGCCUUCCAAACAUGGAGGAAAUAUACUGGCAAGGAACGAAGCAGUAUAUUAUACAAAUGGCACAGUCUUAUAGUGGAACACCAUAUGGAGCUUGCAAGGUUAUUGACCACUGAAAAUGGUAAGCCACUGUCUGAUGCCACAACAGAGACUUUGUAUGGGGCUUCCUUCUUGGAAUGGUUCUCUGGAGAGGCAAGGAGAAUGUAUGGUGACGUCAUCCCUACUCCUGCUGCAAACAAACGAAUACUUGCCAUCAAACAACCAAUAGGUGUCGCUUCUUUGAUAUGCCCAUGGAAUUUCCCUGUUGCCAUGGUGACAAGGAAGGCUGGAGCAGCUCUAGCUGCUGGGUGUAGUAUUGUGAUAAAACCUGCUGAAGACACUCCAUUGUGCUCCCUGGCACUCACUGAGCUUGCGGAGGAAGCUGGUGUCCCACCUGGUGUUCUUAAUGUGGUGACAUGCUCCCGGGAGAAUGCUCCAUCUGUAGGGAAAGUCAUGUGUGAACAUCCUCUUGUAGGAGCAGUCUCGUUUACUGGCUCAACUGAUGUAGGGAAGAUCCUAUUGGAGCAGUCUGCAAAAGGAGUUAAGAAAUGUUCAAUGGAGCUUGGUGGCAAUGCAGCAUUUAUUGUCUUCAACUCAGCUAAAGUGGACAAAGCCGUAGCUGCUGCUGUGGCCAGUAAAUUUCGCUGCAGUGGUCAGACAUGUGUGUGUACCAAUCGCAUCCUGGUCCAAGAUGGUGUCUAUGAGGAAUUUGUUGCCAAGUUCACCAAUGCCGUAGAGGCAUUAGCAAUGGGGAAUGGUCUGGAUGAGGGGAUCAACCUGGGUCCUGUUAUUAACCAGAGAGCUGUAGAAAAGGUGGAGAGACUGGUCAAUGAUGCUGUCUCUAAAGGAUCUAUGGUGAAAACUGGGGGGAAAAGGCAUAAAAAAGGUGGGAAUUUCUAUGAAGCAACAGUCCUUACCAAUAUCAACGAAACCAUGGAGAUUUCACGCGAGGAGAUAUUUGGUCCAGUGGCUCCAAUUAUUAGGUUCCAAACAGAAGAAGAGGCAGUUAGGGUGGCCAACUCUACAUCAUAUGGAUUAGCAGGUUAUUUUUUCACAGAGGACAUGAGCCAGCUGUGGAGAGUGGCUGAGAAACUAGAAGUUGGUAUGAUAGGUAUUAAUGAUGGACUCAUCACAGCUAGUACUGUAGAAGCUCCUCUAGGGGGAGUCAAACAAAGUGGACUUGGACGUGAGGGUUCAAAAUAUGGUGUGGAUGAAUUCACAGAGUUGAAAUAUUUAUGUAUUGGCGGGAUCACGGACUAAUGAACAAAAACUAUUGAGACUAUACUGCAGUAGCUAUUUUGGGCUUUUCUCACAAGGAUCUCUGUGAGAAAAAAUGUCCACUUAGUCAGUUUGAAUAAAAAGGGUAAUUUAUCCCUUCUAUGCAGAAUAGAAAUGUAUAAAUGGUACACAGUUCAUGGGAUAUAAAGUGUGUCCCUGUCAAUCAAUUUGUUUUAUGAUAGCUCAAUAUGGCCUAUAUAUUAUAGGCAUCUUUCUUUGUAUUCAAGCCCAAAGUUUAUAUAAGUUUUGCUCAAACGCUGAUUUUCAAAAUGACAAUCAGUUUUUAACAUUAAAUACAAUCAAAAUCUAAAUGAACCAUAUUGUUUAUAUUUAACAAGUAAAGAUGAGGAAGCAUGGAGUAGAAUGGAAUAUUUGUAAAAUAACAUACAUAGAUAUAUACUUGUUCUUUAUCCUUAUUUAUUCCUUUAUAAUACACCACACCUUAACAAAGACGACAAAUAUACAUUACUGUUUGUACAGCCAAGUUAUCUACAUUUUAUGUAUAUUUUUAUCAUUUUUAAUUACUGUAAUGUAAUGUUUUAAAGUGCAAUCCAUAAUAUGUUAGUCUUUGUAUAAAUAAAAUAUUGGACUGAAACUGAACUUAUGUCAUUUAUUUCAUAUGGCAUUUGCCUCUUGAUAUAUGGACAUUUCAAAUUCUUCCGAACAUGUCCUGUCCAAUCAGAUGAGGAGGGCCCAUUCCCUGCUCUACAUCUCAUGAUGGUGACGAAUCGACGGAGAUGUAAAACCUGUCUAAGUGGAACACCUUUGAUAC